AGGUUAUGGUUAAACACUCAAACAAAACUCAAAAACUCUUCCUCAAAAACUCUUUCUUAUAAUAAAAUGGAAUACAAGUCACAAUCCUAAAGAAGUUUCUUAUCCUGAAGGCAGGCUGAACUUAGGAUUCUUUUUGGAACUCAAAAUGGAGCUUAUCGAACUCUUUGAUCCUGCUAUAAACAAACUGUUGAAAGUCAAAGUUCCAUCCAAGAUAGCUGAGAAGUGCAGGAAAAAUGCAGAAUUUGCCCAGGCUCUCUUUGAAGAGAUCCAGAGAGAAAAUAUCCAGGAUGGGUCCGUUUUGGAAGUGGCCACUUCAGAUAUGGACGAUGAUGAAAGCCCCAGUUGUGGGACUAAUAAUUUGGAGGAGUUUUGGACAAAAGAAGAGACUCUCAAGUUCUUUGAAAUAUUGAAGAAACACAGACAUUUUCUAGAACGCAGCACAAACAAGGAUGGAAAAAUAUGGCAAAUUGUAUCAAAUGAUUUGGCAAGUGCUAAUAUUAAAAAGGAUGCCAACAAAUGCAAAAACAAAUGGAAGAAUGCUCAUGAAGCUUUCACUGCUGUGAAAGAUCACCCUGGUCAGAAAUAUCAGUAUUUUGAAGAAGUAUCUGCUAUUGUAGAUGAUUCCCAAAAAGAGACUACAGAAUCUGAUGAAAAUCCUACAUUUUCAUCUUCCAGAUCCAUAAAUAAAUAUAAUUCUCAAAGAGACAGAGGAAUAUGGACAAAUUAUGAAACUCUGAAGUUUAUGAAAAUUUACCAAAUAUUUAAACGUAUUUGGAAAACCCAACAUGAUAAACAGUAUUGGCUUGCCAUUUCUAGAGAGCUUGCCAAAUAUGGAAUUAAUAAAAAUCAUAAACAAUGUGAAUACAAAUGGAAAAGUUUACAACAGAACUAUAAGAAUGUUCAAAGUUUACAGAAGAAUGUUCGUCUAAGAAGAAGUAAACAACUUAAAUUUCAUUUUCUACAACAAAUGGAGGAUUUGAUGAAUAAUGUUGAUUUGGAGGACCCCCAUGAGGAAGUCAAAUUUAUAGAUACUGCAGAGGAAGACUUCCAGAUGGGCAAGGAUGGCAGUCAAGACAGUAAGCAGUUUGAAAUGGAGGAAAAGAUGGAGGAGGCUGAAGAUGAGGGGCAUAAGGAGGAGAAUAAUGAUGAGGCUGAGAAGGAAGAGAAGGAGAAGCAGACAACACAUCUUUCACAACAUGGUUAUUGGUUAGACCAUCAAACAUCCAAGCUGAUUGAGGCAUGUAAAAAGCACAAACACAAAUUCUCAAAGUUGCCUAACAAGAUAGUAUGGCAGCUCAUUUCCACAGAGUUGGUCAAAGAAGGUAUACAGAAGGAUGCGGACAAGUGCCAAAAAAAAUGGAGUAAUUUGAAGCGGUCCUACAGGAACAACCGCCACUCGAACGGUAAUUCGGGAAGAUUUUAUUUCACCAAAGAAAUGGAUGAGGCCCUCAACGUCGAAUCGUAUCAGAAAAAAAUUGAAAAUGGAGGUACAAGGACGGACGACUCCGACAAGGGAAUUGUGGAAAGGUCCAUUAAUAGUUUGUCGGACCGAAAAAGUGUCGAGAAUGGUCACAGCAAAGGAAACGUUUCCAUUGAUGAUGUCUAUUUCAAGUGGGGAGAAAAAAACACAGCUAAAAGCGUUUCGUGGUCGAGGUCGGAAACCGUCGCUCUCAUAAAUGCAUAUCGAGAACACAAUAAAGCCAUCACCAACACGACAGACAAGGUCAUCGACUGGAAGGAAAUCUCGACGAUGCUGAACUCCAAGGACAUCCACAAGACUUCCACGGAGUGUUGGGAAAAGUGGUCGAAUCUCUACAAAGACUAUGUGGCCAAUAAGGGACCAACAGGGAAAGGCAGUUUCGCCUUUCAAGCUGAAUUCGACGCGGUUUUUGAUACUAAAACUGAUACCGAGGUUGGGGUGACCCACUGUGACCAGUGCCGAUGCUGUGAAAAGAAGAUGGCCGACAAGCAAAAGAGGCACAUGGAGAGAAUGAGCUUGUUGAAGAUGAGGCUGGAUGUAGAGCAGAGAAAAGUGUUGGCCUUUGAGAAAUACUUGGAUUCCAUCACUUCUUGAAUCAAGUCGUACAUAGGAGUAUUUUAUUGUCAAAUUGAUCAUAUUGAUCAAUUAUUAUAUGAAUAUAUAAAGAAAAAAACCUUCAAGUUCUUUAUUUAAUAUUAUUUAAAGAAAAUUUGAGAAACAAACUCUAGUUUAUAACAUAACUGACGAAAAUAUUCCACAAUAAUUUUGUAAAAAUAAAAUGGUAAGUUUUUUACUGUUUUCUUCUUGCUAUUCUAUGCAUUUAAAAAAAACGUUGGGACAAUAUUACUGAUGAAAUCAAAUAGUUGAUUCUCUAUGAUUUUUUCCUUUCUGAAAUAUGCUAAUUUUAGUAAUAUUACUAGUUAUAGAAAAAAAUUAAAGCAAUUUAGUCCUAUAAUUACACAUUGUGAAUAUAAUUAUUGCUUGCUAUGAAUCUUCAAUAAGUAUAUUGUUUUCAAAUAUCCUACUGGAAUAGUUAUUGUUUUAUUGUCGAAAAUUUUUCUUGAAAAAAAAAAUUGUUCAUUAUGUGACAUAUUUUUAUGCUACAAAAACAAAAUAUGAACAUAUCCCGUCAUUUUUGCACAAGGAAUUAUUCAAUAUAUCUGUGAUGAUUCGAUGAUUGGAAGACAGUGUGGCAGAUAAGCCGUCAAUCCUCAUGAGAACAUCUUCAUCAAGAUGAACAUUGACAGAUAGUGUUUUCUAGAUAAGAGUCCAGACACAGCUAUACUUCUGUCCUUUUCUGUUUUC